UUGACUCUGCUACCGAGUCUGGGUUCAUGGUCCACAUGUGUACAAGUUAUACAAUAAACAUUUCUUUGUGAAUAAGUGGGAAUUCAUCAGAAAAUAUCGAGUAGCCCGGGUUUCUUUAGAGUCACCCAUCCGUCUCCUUUGAGCAGGCUGUCCUAAAAAUGCCUGAAAUAAAAGUAACACCACUGGGUGCUGGACAGGAUGUUGGACGCAGCUGCAUCCUUGUGUCCAUCGGAGGCAAAAACAUAAUGCUUGACUGUGGGAUGCACAUGGGAUAUAAUGAUGAUAGACGUUUCCCAGAUUUCUCAUACAUAACCCAAAAUGGACGUCUGACAGAAUUCUUGGACUGUGUGAUCAUCAGUCAUUUCCACUUGGACCAUUGUGGUGCUCUGCCCUAUAUGAGCGAGAUGGUGGGUUAUGAUGGACCCAUUUACAUGACCCAUCCCACCAAGGCUAUUUGCCCCAUUUUGCUGGAAGAUUUUCGUAAAAUCACAGUUGAUAAAAAGGGCGAAACAAACUUCUUCACCUCACAGAUGAUCAAGGACUGCAUGAAGAAAGUGAUACCUUUGAACCUCCACCAAACUGUUCAGGUGGAUGAUGAACUGGAGAUCAAGGCUUACUAUGCUGGCCAUGUUCUGGGAGCAGCUAUGGUGCACAUCAAAGUUGGAUCAGAGUCUGUGGUCUAUACUGGGGAUUAUAACAUGACACCAGACAGGCAUUUAGGAGCUGCAUGGAUCGAUAAGUGUCGUCCAGACAUCCUGAUCUCAGAAUCCACAUAUGCAACCACCAUCCGUGAUUCAAAGAGAUGCAGGGAGAGGGACUUCUUGAAAAAAGUGCAUGAAUCCAUAGAAAGAGGAGGAAAGGUUCUCAUUCCCGUUUUUGCCCUUGGAAGAGCACAGGAACUCUGCAUUUUGUUGGAAACAUUUUGGGAGAGAAUGAACCUGAAGGCCCCAAUCUACUUCUCCACUGGGCUGACAGAGAAAGCUAAUCACUACUACAAGCUUUUCAUAACAUGGACCAACCAGAAGAUUAGAAAAACCUUUGUACAGAGAAACAUGUUUGAAUUUAAGCAUAUCAAAGCUUUUGAUCGGUCCUAUGCCGAUAAUCCUGGACCAAUGGUAGUGUUUGCCACACCUGGUAUGCUGCAUGCUGGUCAGUCCUUACAAAUCUUCAAGAAAUGGGCUGGAAAUGAGAAAAAUAUGGUAAUCAUGCCUGGCUACUGUGUACAAGGAACAAUUGGCCACAAAAUCCUCAAUGGACAGAGGAAACUGGAGAUGGAGGGGAGAGCCACAUUGGAUGUCAAGCUACAGGUGGAGUAUAUGUCCUUUAGUGCUCAUGCAGAUGCAAAGGGCAUAAUGCAGCUCAUUCGUAUGGCUGAGCCCCGUAACAUGCUGCUCGUACAUGGGGAGGCAGUGAAAAUGGAGUUUCUGAAGGGCAAGAUUGAGCAGGAGUUCAGCAUCAACUGUUACAUGCCAGCGAACGGAGAAACAACCACUGUGACAACAAACCCCAGCGUGCCUGUGGAUAUCUCACUCAAUCUGCUCAAGAGGGAAAUGGCUCUUGGAGGACCUUUACCUGAUCCCAAAAAACCUCGGACAAUGCACGGAACUCUCAUCAUGAAAGAAAACAGUCUGAAGCUGGUGUCUUCAGAACAAGCCCUGAAGGAGCUGGGCCUCAACGAACAUCAGCUACGCUUCACCUGCCGUGUGCAGCUCCAGGACCCCCACAGUGACCCUGACACACUUCACAGGAUCUACACACAUCUCAAGAGUGUGUUAAAAGGUUACACCAUCCAACACCUCCCUGAUGGCACAGUCAUGGUGGAGUCUAUUGUCAUCAAAGUGUCCUCCUCUGCUGAAGACCCCAACACCAAAGUUCUGCUGCUGUCCUGGAGUUACCAGGACGAGGACCUCGGCAGCUUCCUUUCAAACCUGCUGAAAAAAGGACUUCCAUCUGGACUGUGCUGAAUUACACUAAGAAGAAUUUACAGCCUAGAUUUAUGGAAGUUAAACCUCCUUCUUAGUUGUAUUUUGUAUUUUAUGUACUGUUUUGUAGCCUUCCUAGACUGUUUGUAAACUGUCAAAUCAGGAG